AUGUGCGGUAAGGGCUGGAAAAGAGUGGUAGCGAUCGUAGAUCUGGGACAACACCACAGAUGGGUGUGGGAGAAGUGGGAGACUCCAGUACGGAUUCGUUCAGCUAAUGGGAAAAAUGAGCACCAUCUAGAUCGAGCAUGGAGCGCAUAUGAGCUAUUGUUGGGCAAUGCGUCUGGGGGAUAUUUCAACAAGAAAGAUGUGUUAAACAUCAGUUUGCGCUUACCUGAGGAACAACGGCCAAUCUGGACGUCCUCCCGUGGGCCAAGGGGUGCAGGUGCCAGCUCCAGCUUGCCCUUCACCUCCCGGCUGCGUGAACGCUGGUUCAUCAAGCCCGUUGUGUCUCUAGCGGCGAUAAACGAUGAUAUCGAUAACGAUGUCCUUGCGGAAGUGAUUGCGAUACUUGAAGGCGAUGUCGACAGCGCGAACUACGUCUGGUUGAGGACGACAGGGGAAAAGGAUGCGCGUCGUCGAAGACACGUCGCUUCAGACUCCGACUCGGCUCUGUGGCGCUUAUGUGUCGAAUGUAGCCUGAUCUUUACCAACAUGACUGAGGACGUCGAUUCGUCCACUUCACAACCGCCCUAUAAGCAGAUUAAGGCGUCCCCUGUGAGGCAUAGCAAGGAUGAGCUGAGUUCCGGCUAUGCGCGUAUUAGCAAUGACCCUCUUGACUAA